AUGGGGUCCCCGGCCGGCGCUCCGGGCUCGGCUGCGGCCGCGGCGGCGGACUCGGCGCAGUGGCUGUCGGUGAAGGAGGAGACCAUCUUCCUCCACGACGGGCUGAUCCGGGUCACCGACCUGGCCGAGCUGCCCAGCGAGAUCAUCGGCGUGGCCGAGCCCGGAGACACCGAGCUGGAGAUCUUAACGUUUGAGACCAAGGAUCCAACAGAGCUGUCUGAGCGUCUCCGUUCCGUUUGCGGAAAUCAGAGCAACGCUUAUGCCCGCCUUCUGGAAUACCGCUUGAACGCUCUGCGUGGACUCUGGAACGCCCAGCGGCAGCUCGCCUUGGAGGAGCAGCAUGAACGGGAAAGCUCUGGGGACGAGGAGGCGCUGGCCUUACUCAAGCGGCAAGGCCUGUUGCAGCAACCUGAGCAGGCGCCCUUUACUUCGCGGAUGGGGCUGCUCUUGGUCUUUCCCCUCAUCGAGUCCCAAAGUAGAACAGACCCGUCCCUGUGUAACAUAACUGCCGAGGUGCUCUUGACUUGCCUUCGUGACUGCCAGCCCUUGAGCUUGACUAAGGAGCCGGUGGACUGUCUUAAUGGUAUCGAGUCCUUGCUGUGCUCGUGGUUGGAGGAAACGUCCGCCUCAGGCCAACAGAUUCCACACAAGCAAAAAGAAAAUGCUGCUGCUGCCCUUGUUGCCUUGGCUUGUGCAAGGGGAUCACUGAAAACGUUUGUUCACACGGUACAUCUUCUACAGAAGCAAACAGAUUUGGGGUCCUUGCCUGUGGCCGAUGUGUUAUACAGGUUGCUGCUUUUGGAAGGGGGACCUGGGUCACCCUCUUGUUUGCUUGGGGGCAAGCACAUGGUGUCCUGGGGUUUUGAAGACAUGUUGCCAGCACCUGAUGCCAACCCUGGCUCAAGCUCAGAAAAUAAAGAUGCAGACUUAGGGCGCUGCCUUGCAGCGGAUGGACUUUAUCUUUAUACAACAAACUCCGUUGGCAGGGGAAUAAGCAAAUUAGGGUCUGGGUUACACGGUACCUUACGAGGCUUUGUGUAUUGCCGAAACGAAGAGUUGGAAUCUGGCUGGGUCGCUUUUGGCAACAGCAAGCUGCUACACAGGCCGGUCUCUUUUGAUAACAAACCUCACUCCCUUUUCCAGGUCAUCGACCAGAAUACCCUUCAGGUAUGUCAGCUUCUCCCAAUGCCAGCAGAUCACUUUCCAGUAGGCAGCACUAUGACCACUGUACAUCUUUCUUCGGAUGGGACCUACUUUUACUGGAUCUGGUCUCCUGCAAGCUUGAAUGAAAAAACACCAAAGGGACACUCCGUCUUCAUGGAUGUCUUUGAGCUCACUAUGGAGAAUGGCGUCUGUGCAGCCAACCCCCUGCAGGAGCGCAUUAUACUAAUGAGAAAAGAGGGGGACUCGGCCAAGAGUAUUAACGAGAUGCUUCUGAGCCGGCUUUCGAGAUACAGAGCCUCUCCCUCAGCAACCUUGGCAGCACUGACGGGCUCCACCAUCUCCAACACGCUGAAAGAGGAUCAAGCAGCUGCGAACACUAGUUGUGGCCUGCCUCUCAAAAUGCUACGGAAGACUCCGAUAUAUACGUGCGGGACAUAUCUGGUGAUGCUAGUCCCACCUCCGGGGGGCUCCGGCAGCUCUGCCACGCGGUCGCUCUUUGGUGGAACCAGCGGUUUGUCAUCCUUGAAAAUUCUGGCUUCGAGUUUGGUGUACAACAUAUCGGACGGGCAGUUUGCAAGCCGAGCAGAUCUCAUCGAUGCUGCCGGGAGCUCGCUGGGACGUGGCGCUCUUGUUCCUGGUCUAGGUGCGUGCUACGAUGCUAUGAAUAACAUGAUCUGGACGUGCUCAAACGACUAUAUUGAUCAGUGGUGCAACCCUGGGAAUCAAGCCUUCCAUUACGUCUGCCAGAGGCUAGGAGUCAGCCAUAUAAUUAUAGAGCCAAAAGGAGAUGCCAUAACCACAAACGAGGUUAUCAAUCAAUUACUGCACCAUGUUGGUGCUAUGUGUAUCCAUCAGCUCAACCUGCUGGCAGCAAGUAACAACCUUCCAAUCACAACAUUUCUGGGCAAGCAGCAUCCAAUCGAAGCCCAUCAUCUCAGCAGCAUUUGCGACAUUAUGGAGAAAGCCAUGGUCAAUGGGGACACCUGCAUUAUACGCUGCACCCUGGUUGUCUUCCAGGUGGUUUUUAAGUUUUUCUUCAGCCCCCAAACAGAAAAGAAUCGCGACACUGUAAGACGGUCCGGCCUCUUGCUUUGGCAGUUACUGAUGGCACCAGUCGACCAGAUUAGCGCUGAGAUUCAGAAGGAGGUCUGUCUGGCAAUCAGUUCUGGUCUAAAUAUCCUGUAUCCCGGAGAAGUAGAAAUUAAUAACUUGCUUAAACUGGUCUUAACGGAAGGAGACAGAAACAGUGGGCUUGCUCAGCUUCGAGAUGUGAUCAUGACUAACCUGGCUGAGCAGCUUCAGAACAACCGAUUUGGCAGUGAAGAUGAUGAGCAUUACAGACUAAACGAUGAACUUUUGCACUACAUUCUCAAGAUUGUUGUCCGAGAAUCUUGUAUCUUAAUCACCAAGUGCCAAACUGUAUCCAGAGAUGAAUUUCAAAGGCUCCUCUCAACUGUGCCUGCUGCCUCCUCCUGCCUGCGGUACCUGAUGGCCGUACAGAACCAUCUCCUGAGUAAUACAAUUUUGAUUAAGCCUGACGAAAACGAUGACAGUGACAGCUCCUUGCAGGGAGAGACAUUGAAGGUACAGGAACUUAAGGCUAGUAUCUUGGCUCUGGCUACGCAAAUCCUGACGGGGUGUGACGAAGUACUAGAAAUGCUGCAGCAAGUCACUACCGCUCUUAUCAACAGCGAUAUUCCAGACAGGGAGCAGAGGUUAAAAGGCCUGGAGCAGGUGACCAAAGCCACAAUGCUGGGCCACUUGCUUCCGGUGCUGCUGACCUCCCUGAUGCACCCCAACCUCCAAACGCUGACCAUGGCGGACGCCCUGAUGCCUCAGCUGGUGCAGCUGGUCCUCUACACAAGCCAGACGGCCUUGCUGCUGAAAACCCAGUCGCCGGUUUUCUCCGAAGUGGGCAGUUCUCCCGGAGGGGCAUCGGAACAGCGGAGCAAGCUGUUCCCUGAUGAGAGAAUGCUAGAAGAGAAAGAAGAGCCAGGUUUCCUGACUGGCUUGAAAAUCCCAGCUCCUUGGGCUGCUGGGAAAACGGUGGAGACGGUCCAUCCUGUGAGGGACAACUACAAAUUUAAGGAGACGGUGCAUAUUCCAGGGGCCCGUUGUUUGUACCUGAGGUUUGACAGCCGCUGCUCCUCGCAGUACGAUUACGAUAAGUUGGUGAUCUACGCAGGCCCCAACACAAACAGUCGGAAGGUUGCAGAAUACGGGGGCAACACCCUGGGAUAUGGCAGCCGUAGCGUCUUAGGGACGGGUUGGCCCAAAGACUUAGUAAAGGUGGAAGGGGACACCGUUACCUUCUCCUUUGAAAUGAGGAGUGGCCGAGAACACAACACCCCAGACAAAGCCAUGUGGGGCUUUGCUUGCACUGUCCGAGCGCAGGAAUCCUCAGAAGAUGUGUCGGGGGGAUUACCGUUCUUGGUAGAUCUUGCUUUAGGCUUGUCCGUGCUGGCGUGCUCUAUGCUGAGGAUACUCUAUAACGGACCGGAAAUAACCAAAGAGGAGGAGACGUGCCAAGAACUUCUGAGGUCCAAACUUUUACAGAGGUGUCAGUGGCAGGUGGAAGCCAAUGGUGUGAUCUCUCCAGCCCUCACGCCAAGCCCCUCCCCGCUGCCUCUCACCAUCGACGAAGACCGUGAGUUCACCUACCCGUCGGAUGUUCUCGUGCCCCCAGUUGGUCACUACUUUGACCUGCCACGGAUCAGGCUCCCUCCCGGAAUCAUGGUCAAACUCAGGGAAAUCUCCGGCCGUGCUCGGCCUCAGUUUAGACCCAGCAUCAGGGAGGUGAUCCAGCCAGACAUAAUGGAAGAAAUGGUAGUUUCAUGUGUGAUCAAACACUUGAAUCUAGUCGAUGCGCUCCAGUCCCUCAUAAACUUCCAGUAUCAAGAGGAGCACGCGGAGGAAUAUGACUUGCUUUGUAAAAUUAUGGGAGAAACCUUUAAGAAGCUAAAUGCCAUGGAAAGGCAACUGCAGAGUGUCGCCGAACUAGAACAGAAAUGGCAAAGCGAAGUGGAGGAUGCCGUGCACGGGAAACUGGAGAACAACAUGCCCUUCUUUUACGAUUAUCACUUUAACGAGAACAAGAUGAAGGAACUGGAACUUCUCUGCUCUAUGAAAGAGCUUUCUUUCGAUGGAAGCGAUCUUGAGAACAUGGUUCUUUCGCUGAGGGAGAAAUUCUUCCAGGAAGUAAACUCCCUGCUCCAGAAGCCUUUGCAUCCCAUGGCCAAAACGAAAACGCUGGUCAAGAGCCUGAUGAACCGAGCUGAGCUGCUCUUGCAUGUCACCAUUGCUGCCCAGUCCGGGCUCACAAGGAGCAUAUCUGGCACGCCCGCGGAGACACCAGCUUGCAAGUCAGCGUCUGAAACGAAGGUGAUCUCUCACGCCGUUCGCCAGCCCGUCUUUCUCCGCAGCAUGUCGGCACCGUCUGACUUGGAAAUGAUUGCGAACGAAGACCUGGAGUUCACGAGGUCAAGCCAGAGACGCCGCCACAUUACCAGUCACAGAAGCAGCUCCUUUACUCUUCUUCAGUCUCUGACCAUCGAGGACAGCCGAGAUAAGCCCACCUACAGCGUCUUACUGGGGCAGCUGUUUGCUUUCAUCGGGACCAAUCCUGACCAAGCCGUAUCUAGUAGCAGUUUUCUGUUAGCUGCUCAGACCCGGUGGCGCCGUGGAAACACCAGGAAACAGGCUCUGGUGCAUAUGAGGGAGCUCCUGACAGCAGCUGUCCGCGUUGGUGGUGUGACUCAUCUCGUGGGUCCAGUCACAAUGGUACUUCAAGGAGGCCCGCGGAUCGAAGAGCUCACCUGCGGCGGGAUGGUGGAGCAAGUGCAAGAAGCCUUUGGGGAGACCAUGACCUCGGUGGUGGCGCUUUGCGCUCGCUAUCCCAUCGCCUGCGCAAACAGCAUCGGCCUGCUGUGCACUAUACCGUACACCAGGAGCGAAGAGAAGUGCCUGGUGCGGAGCGGCCUAGUCCAACUGAUGGAUCGGUUGUGCAGUUUAAGCAGCCAGGCUGAAUCCAGCAACAAUGAGAAACAGACAAAGAAGCAGAAGGUGGCCACCAUGGCCUGGGCCGCAUUCCAAGUGCUAGCCAACCGUUGCGUUGAAUGGGAAAAAGAGGAAGGUGGCUCAACGGAGGCCGUGCACUCGGGUCUGGCCCGUCAGGUCUCCAGUCUCUUAACCAACCACCUGGCACGUGCCACAGAGUGCUGUGGCAACCAGGCAGCUGGCAAUGAUGCCCUCCAAGAUGUCCUCAGCCUUCUGAAUGACCUGUCAAGGAGUCACAUUGGCAAAGCCAUCCUGAGCCAGCCGGCCUGCGUGUCCAAACUCCUCUCUCUGCUCUUGGACCAGCGUCCCUCUCCAAAGCUGGUCCUCAUCAUCCUCCAGCUGUGUCGCGCUGCUCUUCCGCUCAUGAGUGUCGAGGACUGCGGGAAUGUUGAGCUUCCUCCCUGGAGCUACUCCGUGCCCUCCCUGAACAGCGAGCAGGAUGACCCCAGUGACCCUGCUUCCAAAAUUGCCUCCCUGCUCUUAGCAAAGCUGGCAGAUUACGUGGUACCAGGAUGCCAGACUGUUCUUUCUCCCACCGCCUCUGAGCCGGAUAUCUCGCUGACAAAGGCCAGCCCGAAAGGGUCCGUCAAAGGAGACAAAGACCUGGGAGAAGAGAGCGAGGCUGUGGAUGGCAAACUUUCCAUUUUCAUUCAUAAGCGGGAGGACCAGUCAUCUCACGAAGUCCUUCAGCCACUGCUAAGUAGCUCGGAAGGUCGGCCAUUUCGCCUUGGAACGGGUGCGAAUAUGGAGAAGGUGGUUAAGAUGGAUCGGGACAUGACUAAAAGCGGCUGCUGCGAAGUGAUUACAGAGGAGGCAGCGGCAGCUCUGCGGAAGGCCACCAAAUGGGCCCAGUCCGGGCUGAUCGUGAGCGUGGGGCCGCCGGUGGAAACCGUCAACCCGGAAAGUACCAGCGGCCUUUCAACAGGGGACAAAAAGAAAACGGCGCAGACCUCCGUUUGCAGGGAGCGGAAUUCAGAGCUCGCCAGAACGGACCCUGUACGGCCCUUCAUCAGUGGUCACGUAGCAAACAGCAUGGCAGCAGAGGUGAUCGCUUUGCUUCACAGCUUGCUCAUGGCACCAGAAUCCAACGCGGCUCAGAUAUGGACGACCACAGCUGAAAAAGUUCUGUCUCGCGCUCUGAUGUACAUUCCUCAGCUGGGGAAGUAUGCCGAGAGCAUCCUGGAGAACGGCAGCAGCAGCGGAAGGAAACUCGCCAAGCUUCAAAGGGUGGCUCGCCAGGCAGUAGCAGCCCUGUGUGCUCUCGGCGGCUUCAAAGAAACAAUCAAAAUCGGCUCUGAAGUACAGGUUCUGGGUAGGGGAAUAGCAGGAAGUAUUGGAGUGGUGGCAUCUAUUAACGAACAGGAAGGUAUAGCAACGGUCAAAUUUCCACCUACCAGUAUAGACUGUAGAAAGACCUCCCAAGCAUCAGACAUUUUAACUAUCCCAUUAUCUAGGCUCUGUGUUCCAAGAUCAGAGGCAUUGCCUCUCCAUAAACUGUCCAUUACUGAGAAGGUAGUACAGGCAGUCCAGUCCAUGUUGCUUCCUCAGGAGGGGAGUCUUUCUAUUCAUACCUCACUUCCUGCAACAGGAGAUGGCUCAACUCCAGUAAUGGCAGUGGUCCGACUCCUUGCUGAAAUUAGAACCAGAGCGUGCCUGGUGAUGGCACAGCUGCUAGAGGACAGUUCUUUCUGUGAAGAAUUCAUCCAGCAGUGCCCAGCUGCUGUGGAAGUCCUUAACCUCGUGGCCCAGGAGUGCAGCCCUGGGGAGAGGCUCCUCGUUGUGGAAGUGCAGUGCGAAAGGUUAAGGAUGCUGUACCGCGACAGCGCCCGCCCUCCGCCGCCGCCGCUCCAGGCAGACCGAAGGCAGCCCAAGGAAAUCACCUGGAGCCCUUGCAGGGUCUUCCCUCCCGUGCGAGCCUGCAUGUUUUCCUCGCACCUGACCGCUGUGACCUUCCUCGCGGACCCCAGCGCAGGUGGAGGGCUGCCUCGUGGCACCUUCAUUUACGCCACGUCACCCGUUCCGGUCCAGGCGCCAUCUUUCUAUUGGGAGAUUGAGAUUGUGUCCUACGGAGAUACGGAUGAUGACACAGGACCAAUCGUCUCGUUUGGCUUUGCAACAGAAGCGGAAAAGCGGGAUGGAGCGUGGACCAACCCCGUGGGCACCUGCCUCUUCCACAACAACGGGCGGGCCGUUCAUUACAACGGUUCCAGUUUGCUGCAGUGGAAAAGCGUGCGGCUGGAUGUGACCCUCUCUCCUGGUGAUGUUGCAGGCAUUGGUUGGGAAAGGGCAGAGGGCACGCCUCCUCCUCCAGGACAGCCAGCCAAAGGCAGAGUGUAUUUCACGUACUGCGGACAGCGACUGGGACCGUACUUGGAAGAUGUGUCCGGGGGAAUGUGGCCAGUCGUGCAUAUCCAGAAGAAGAACACCAAAGUCAGAGCCAAUUUUGGGUCCCGCCAGUUUGCCUACGCGGAAGGCCAAGCUCACCGGAAUGCCGCUGACCUUUGCGUCGACCUCGCGGAAGAAAUCAGUGCCAACUUCGAAGUGUUGCCUUUUGCCAUGGCUUCCGACAGCGACAACGACGCCGGCACCAGCACUGCCUCUGACCCCGGGACUCACGGGCCUCCUUGCAGAAUCGCGGCCGUGGCCACGGCUCAGCAACAAUACGACAGUGACACCUCUUGCCAUUACAAGAUGGAACUCAGCUACGAGAACUUCAUCACGUCGGGUCCAGAGCCCCACCCCCCUCCCAUUGCAGACGAUGAAAGUGACGACGAUGACGACGACGACAUCCCGCGGGAGGAUCACUAUGCCUUGCUAGUUAAAGCCUGGGAGACCAAAGUGUUCCCUACCAUUAGAAGACGAUUCCGCAACGAAGCAGAGAGGAAGUCUGGCUUGGAUCAAAUUAAAGGAGCUUUACAACUGGGAAUGGUCGAUAUAGCCCGGCAAACGGUAGAAUUCCUCUAUGAAGAAAACGGGGGUAUUCCUCGAGACCUGUACCUUCCCACAAUUGAGGACAUCAAAGACGAAGCCAAUAAGUUCACCAUCGAUAAAGUUCGGAAAGGCCUCACCGUCGUCACCCGCUGCCCAGACAGUAACAACGUGGCCCCCAAUGCCGUCGGGACGGCUCUGCCCAAGUUUGCUAUCCGCGGGAUGCUGAAGACGUUUGGGCUCCAUGGAGUCGUUCUAGACGUCGAUUCGGUGAAUGAGCUUGUCCAAGUAGAGACUUACCUCCGGAGCGAAGGUGUCCUGGUGAGAUACUGGUACCCUAUUGACAUGCUCGAACGACCACCGGCCGGCUAUCGGAGGACUGCGACAAAUGGGCUGGUUUCUCUGGACAACUCAAACAUCCAGAUUCACAGGGAACUUUUACGAUGUGAAGCUGCGCUCGCUAGGCUGUACUGCCGCAUGGCUCUCCUCAAUAUUUUUGCCCCCAAAUCUCCUCACAUGUUUACUCGUCUGUUUCACAUCCCUGCCAUCCGGGACAUCACCCUGGAACAUCUCCAGCUGCUAUCCAAUCAGCUUCUUGCACCACCUCUUCCUGACGGAACCAUCGGCUCCAGCUCCAUCCUGCUGGCCCAGUCCCUGCAGCACUGCAUCCACUCGCAGAACUGCUCGGCCACAGACCUCUUCUACCAGGGCAGUUCCCAAACCGUCCAGGAGUGGCUCACGGUGGCCAUCACUCGGACGCUCCAUCAGGGAGAGGACAGCCUGCUGGAUCUGACCAAACAGAUCUGUUCCUUUCUGCAGAACGCUCCUGAUCAGUUCCCAUCUGAAGAGUUCCCCAUUUCCGAGUCCAAAGUCAACAUGGACGUCAAUUUCCCCGGCGCGGCCUUCGUGGUCGUGUCCUGUAAAGAAAGCCAGUCUGGACUCCGUAAAGACUCCUCGCUGUACAAGGCCCCUUGGGCCCGGAUUCUGGUCUAUGGCCUGGGUCACAAAGUAAAGAGGAAUGGCCAGCUAAACCUCAUUGAGGCGGUUUGCUACCCCAGGGAUGCUUCUCCAACCAACACAGGCCUGACCCCUCCUCCCACGACCAACCAGUAUCCUUCGGUCAUCAUCUCUACGGACAAGAUCCACAUCAAAUUGGGUGUGUCGCCCCCUCCUGGCGCUGUGCUGGUCCUGCAUUCCUUGCCCUUGGAGUUCCCGCUGGCCAUGGCGUUUGCGGAGCAGCUGCUGACCUGGAAACUGGAGGACUACGACGGGAAAUCCGAAGAGGAGCUGGAAACGAUCCCGGCCUCCGUGCUCCUGCAAGUGGUGGAAAUUCUAGGGAACUUCCUCUGGACGACCAACAUGGCGGCCUGCGUGAAGGAGCUGCUGUUUCAUCUCCUGGCCGAACUGCUUCGCAAAAUCCACGGCUUGGAGCAGAAGAAGAACCCCGCGGGCUUGUCUUCCUCCAUCGCCCUGCAGCUGAACCCUUGCCUGGCCAUGCUGAUGGCCCUCCAGUCCGAACUGCACAAGCUGUAUGACGAAGAAACCCAGAACUGGGUGUCUGGAAACGCCUGUGGCGGGUCCGGAGUGGGGGGAGCGGACCAGGGGAGGUUUUCCACGUAUUUCCACGCUCUGAUGGAGGUCUGCUUGGCCGUGGCGGAAGUGACGUUGCCCAUCAACAUGAGCAUCACAGCCAACGUGAUGUCAUCGACGAGCGGCCCAAAUCUCAGCGAUUCUUCCUCCUCCUCCUCUUCCUCUCCCGGGCAGACGCCCCAGAGCCCCAGCCUCCUGUCCAAGAGGAAGAAGGUGAAAAUGAAGAGGGAGAAGACGUCGGCUUCGGGGAAACGGACUUCGUCCCGCGCGGCCGAUGCGGACGCCGCCCUGCUGAGCAUCGGUGGGAGCAAGCCAGAGGACAUGCUGUGGUUCCACCGGGCGCUCACCUUGCUCAUCAUCCUCCGACACCUGACGAAGAAGGACCCCCAGGGGCUGGGCGUGACCAACGACGCCGUGGCCGACGCCUGCCAGGCCUUGGUCGGGGCGACGGCUCACAGCCGCCUGCUGGUGAUUUCCGGGAUCCCCACCCACCUGGAGGAAGGCACGGUGCGCGUCGCCAUCCGCAAGGCCUGCAACGCCCACGGCGGCGUCUUCAAAGACGAGAUCUACAUCCCGGUGCAGGAGGAGGACCCUAAGAAGACCAAGGACAAAGCGGAGGGAGGGGAAUCCCGGACGGAGCUGGACAAGCCCGUGGUCUCCGGCAGCGUGGACAGCUUGGACGUCAGCAGCUCCAGCAGCGUCACGCCCGCCAUGAGCGUCAGCGCUUCUGCUUCCACCAGCCAGGCCUCCCUGUGCAGCUCGCAGGGCAUCUCCCGGACAAUUAGCGACAUCUCCGUAGACCAGUUCCAAGGCGUCUUGGAGACGGCCGUCCCGCCCGCUCUGCUGGAGCCCCACGUGGUUUCCAGCCAGGAGAGUUUGGACCUUUCGCUGUGCAGCACGGGAAGCCUGGGCAGCCUGGGCAGCCUCGGGGAGCAGCUGGACAAUGUGGAGACCGCCUCGGUCUCGGACGUCGGGUCGAUGUACACCGUGACGUCGCUGGACAGCCAGCCGGUCUCCUCGAGGCCCAUCAAGGGCUUUGCAGUGGUGGAGAUAAGAUCCCGGGCCAAGAUGGAGAAGAUCCGAGCCAGCUUAUUCAACAGCAGCGAUCUGAUUGGCUUGUCGAGUUUGGACGGGGAAGACGAGCUCAUGGAAAUGUCCACCGAGGAGAUUUUAACCGUCUCGACGGUGAAUCAGAGCUUGUUCGAUACACAAGGGAGUCCGGCGCUGGAAGAUUACUUCAAUGACAAAACCAUCAAAGGCGACAAGCUGGUGCCAGGCGCUCGCGACGUCCUCACCGAAAUCUUCAAGAGCUGCCUCCAUUCCGAGCAAAUGCUGAGCUUGACGCCGGCCAAGCCCACCAAAGUGGCCGAGAUCUACCUGAGCAAAGAGCAGAUCAAUGCCCAGACUCCCGGGAACCUGCUGCACACCUUCUUCACCAACGUUCGCCCCCCGAAGAAGGUCCUUGAGGACCAGCUCACCCAGAUCCUGAGGAAAUACGGCGCUCCCAAGCCAAAGUUUGACAAGAGCAAGUACAGCAAGGCGGGCAAAGAGCAGCACCCGGUGAAAGUCGUGAGCAGCAAGCGGCCCGUCACAAAGCCCCCGGCCAAGGAGAAGGCUGUCCUCAACAGCGUCAGCAGGACGGCUUUGAGUGAGAAGAAGCCGACGGUGAAGCCCAAAUCCCCAGAGAAAGGCAAGCCAGACGACAAAGACCCCGACAAGUCUCCCACGAAGAAACAGGAAGUUCCCGAAGAGAAGUAUCUGACGCUGGAUGGAUUUCACAGAUUCGUCAUUGAUCGGGCAAAGCAGGACAUCCGUAGCGUGUGGCGAGCCAUCUUGUCCUGCGGUUACGACCUCCACUUUGAAAGGUGUGCCUGCAUCGAUGCCCGGCAUGCUCAGAAAGCCUCCCGCAAGUGGUCCUUGGAGACGGACGUUGCCCUGGUCCAGUACAUCAACCGCCUCUGCCGCCACCUGGCCAUCACGCCGGCCCGGCUGCACCCGCAUGAAGUCUACUUGGACCCCGCCGACACGGCGGACCCCCGGGUCUCCUGCCUGUUAAACGUGCCCCUCGAGAGCCUGCGGCUACGCUUCGCCCUGCUGCAGUCCCUCAACACCACUUUGGAGACCUUCUUCCUGCCUCUGGUGGAGCUCCGGCAGACCGAGAUGUACACCAACAGCAUCGCUGCGCUGCUGCAGGAGGCCAAAGGGUUCAUCUUUUACGACACCAAAGUGACUGUCAUGAACAGAGUGCUGAACGCCACUGUGCAAAGGACGGCGGAUCACGCAGCCCCAGAGAUCACCCUGGACCCGCUCGAAAUAGUUGGAGGAGAGAUCUGCUCCUCGGAGAACUCCUACUUCUGCCAGGCUGCCCGGCAACUGGCCUGCGUCCCGUCCUCGCAGCUCUGUGUGAAGCUGGCCAGCGGGGGGGACCCCACGUACGCCUUCAACAUCCGUUUUACGGGCGAGGAGGUCCACGGCACGAGCGGUUCCUUCCGCCACUUCUUGUGGCAGGUCUGCAAAGAGCUCCAGAGUUCGCUGCUCUCCCUCCUCUUGCUGUGUCCCAGCUCGGCAGUCAAUAAGAACAAGGGCAAGUAUAUCCUGACGCCCAGCCCCAUCAGCUACGGGGAGGAGCAGCUCUUGCAUUUCUUUGGGCAGCUGCUGGGGAUUGCCAUUCGGGCGGACGUCCCCCUGCCCCUGGACCUCCUGCCCUCCUUCUGGAAGGCCUUAGUCGGAGAGCCCCUGGACCCAGACGCUGACCUCCAGGAGGCGGACGUGCUGACCUACAACUACGUCAAAAAAUUUGAAAACCUCAACGACGAGACCGAGCUGGAGGCCCUGUGUGCUGAAAUCGCCUCCCAGCACCUCGCCAUGGAAAGCCCCGACUGCCCCAACAAGCCCAGCUGCAAGUUCACCUACCUGACCAUGACGGGCGAAGAGGUGGAGCUGUGCGCCAGAGGCAGGCACAUCCCGGUCGUGUGGGAGAACAAGGACGUCUAUGCCACAGCCAUCCGGAACCUGAGGCUCCGUGAGAUGCAGACGCCGGAGAGCGUCAUGGCCGUGAGGGCCGGCCUGGGCUCCAUUAUCCCUCUGCAGCUUCUGACCAUGUUGACCCCCCUGGAGAUGGAGCUGAGGACUUGUGGGCUCCCCUACAUCAACCUGGAGUUCCUCAAGGCACAUACCAUGUACCAAGUGGGACUGAUGGAGACCGACCAGCACAUUGAGUUCUUCUGGGGAGCGCUGGAGAUGUUCACGCAGGAGGAGCUUUGCAAGUUCAUCAAGUUUGCCUGCAACCAAGAGCGCAUCCCCUUCACCUGCCCUUGCAAAGACGGCGGGCCGGACACAGCCCACGUCCCGCCGUACCCCAUGAAAAUUGCACCCCCGGACGGCACUGCAGGUUCUCCAGACUCGCGCUACAUCCGCGUCGAGACCUGCAUGUUCAUGAUCAAACUCCCACAGUACUCCUCCCUAGAGAUCAUGUUGGAAAAGCUCCGUUACGCCAUCCACUACCGCGAGGACCCUCUCAGCGGCUGAGCCGCUCCCCAUCGAGACAAGGGACGCCGUUCGGGAGGCCCCCCGGAGAGGCCCCCGCUCAACUGAACGCCUCCCGGUGACGACGGGGCGAGCGUCGGGAGCCGAUUCUGUCCUCCAAACCUUCGCUUCGGCAACAGCGGUGGCCGGGAGGCUUCCGUUUCAUAUUUGUAGACUUUUGUGGUGGAUGGGUUGUCUUUGCUGCCUUGUUUGUGAAAUAUUUAUAGGAUGAGUUUAGUACACAGACCGAUGUUCACAAACCUCAACAUCCUUACAUUUCUUUCAUAAUUAGAAGAAUGUGAAGCGCUGAACAAGAAUUUAAUGGCGAGGCUUCCAAGGUGGCGUUCUUCCCCCUGACAUUUCUGAGUGCGAAAAAAUGGAGCUGCUGCCGGCACCGUCUGUGUUCUGCAACCGCUAAGGCAGCGGGACUCUCCCUGGGACUCCUUAUCGGCCGUUCUUGUUUUCUGCCAGGAGACGGGGUGGUGGCAACUUCACAGCAUUCCACAUAUUUGGUGUUUGGUGACAAGGAACUGAUCGAUUCAUGGUUUGGUGACAAGGAACCGAUCAAUUCAUGGUUCCACAGAGCCUAAAUGUUGACGCCACACACUUGUUUGGGGGUUCUGUCAUGCCACAAGUCUGAAUCCUUCUUUCCAACCUGCCCAGUGAAUUGGCUCGCACUCAAACAGACCUGCCUCUCAGGUCUCUGCAGGAGAAACACAGCCACAUUUUUGCACUCAGAAAUGACCGGAGGUUAGGGUUAAAAUGCUGCAUCCGGAAAGGAGGGGAGGAAAGGCGGCGGCAGCGGCUUCCGGGAGCCCAUUUUACUCUUCCUCGCUGACAUCGCAGGCAGGAUCCACUUGGGCUUCCUAUUCCGCGGCCUUCCUUUCGUUUCAGUCGGGCUUCCGUGGGAACCGGUGGGGGCGCUUCCCCUCUGAAGCCAAAGGAAGCUGAGGAACAACCACGCUCAGUGGGUUGUUCCCAGGCCCCUUGUGAGGCGCCAGAAAGGGUCAUCACAUACGCACAUUUCUCUCCCCCCCCCCCGCCCUUGACUA